AAGGUAAAGCAGUGUGUCACUGAAGAAGAGUCAUCAACAACGCAAUUACGACAAUGGUGGCGGCGGCUAUGGCUUCUCACGUCUCUUCCACCCGAUCACCGGCUCUUUCCCUCUCCUCUUCAUCGUCCUUCUUCCCUGGCACCACUCUCAGGCGAUUCUCCGCCGUCUCACUCGCUCCUCCGGCGAGCUUCUCACCCCUCAGCCUCCGCGUCUCCUGCCAAGCCUCCUCCGUCACGUCCCCUUCUACUUCCGAUGUGAAAGGGAAAUCUGACCUGAAAGACUUUCUGGCCAUAGAUGAUUUUGACACAGAGACCAUCAAGAAGAUUCUAGACAAGGCUUCAGAGGUGAAAGCCCUGUUGAAGUCAGGGGAGAGGAACUAUCUGCCUUUUAAAGGGAAGUCUAUGUCUAUGAUCUUUGCAAAGCCCUCCAUGAGGACUCGUGUUUCCUUUGAGACUGGCUUUUUCUUGCUUGGUGGACAUGCACUGUAUCUUGGACCCAAUGACAUCCAGAUGGGCAAGCGAGAGGAGACUCGCGACGUUGCUCGUGUCCUGUCGCGCUAUAAUGACAUCAUUAUGGCCCGUGUUUUUGCUCAUCAGGACAUUCUUGAUUUGGCUAACUACUCGAGUGUACCGGUUGUUAACGGUCUGACAGAUCAUAACCACCCUUGCCAAAUCAUGGCCGAUGCACUCACAAUGAUUGAGCACAUUGGUCAAGUCGAAGGGACAAAGGUUGUGUAUGUGGGAGAUGGGAACAAUAUGGUGCAUUCAUGGUUAGAAUUGGCAUCAGUUAUUCCUUUCCAUUUUGUCUGCGCUUGCCCAAAAGGGUUUGAACCAGACAAAGAGAUGGUUUUAAAGGCACAACAAGCUGGAUUAAGUAAGAUAGAGAUUACCAAUGAUCCUAAAGAAGCUGUCAUAGGAGCUGAUGUUGUCUACUCUGACGUAUGGGCCAGUAUGGGGCAAAAGGAUGAAGCUGAAUACCGCCGUAAAGCAUUCCAAGGCUUCCAGGUAGAUGAAGCUCUGAUGAAAUUGGCGGGUCCAAAGGCCUACUUCAUGCAUUGUUUGCCUGCAGAAAGAGGAGUGGAAGUGACCAAUGGAGUCGUGGAAGCUCCUUAUUCCAUUGUCUUCCCACAGGCAGAGAAUCGCAUGCAUGCCCAAAAUGCAAUCAUGCUUCAUUUGCUCGGCUUUUAAACCACUUUCGUUGUCUUAGCUCUCUCACUCGUUUACUGGUGUGCCAUUGGCUUUAUGUACUUUUAGUUUGAGAAACCUUGAUGAAUAAAUAUUGUGGAUGGUUUUGCUGGGAAUAAGAAUGAGCUUCUUUUAAUAUA